AUGGCCUCCACACCCACCCUGCGCCAGUUCAGCGCGUGUCUGAGAUGCGUGCGACAAAUACCAAGCGCCAAUGGCACCCGCCGACUCCUCUCCACCUCGGCGGCCGUCCGUGAAGAGGUGCAGACACAACCCACGAAUGCGACUCCCCCUCCACCGCCGUCGAACCCUCCGGAAGGCGCUGCUCAAAAGGCCGGCUCCCAAGAUACUCCGGAAUACAUGCAGAAAUGGGGCACGCUAGACCCCCAGAUGGUGGAGAACAAGAAGCAGGAGCGCCGAUUGCUGCGGAGAGAACAUGUCCAGCCCGUUGGAUCCCGUCGUCGCCGUGCCACCCUUCGUCGGUCGACCCUGCAAAAGACCGACGAGGUCCCAUUCGAACAGCUGCCGUACCAAUGUUUCCAGGAGGCGAGGAAGGUCUUGUUGGAAGACAGGCAGGAGAAGAUCAAGGAAAUCAAGGUUCAGCAGGAGCGGAUAAAGAACCUAAUGGCGCAAGACGCAAGCAUCAGUGGAGGCCCGGCAGCCAAGGAGCACAGACUGCGGAGCAUGAGGAAGCACCUGAAUGACCUGAUCAUCCUGGCCGACAUCAACGACCCUGUUGUGAAGCGAAAGUUUGAGGACGGACAGGGUGACAUGAACAAGCCCAUAUACCGCUAUCUUGCCGACCGGAAAUGGCGCCAGUAUAAGCGUCUUGUGCUCGAACAACGCGUUACGCAACUUGCCAUCAUUCCCGAUCUUCUCCCGUCUCUCGACUUGGUUGCAGACAUCGAUCUUGGCUUCGGACGGAAGCCAGUCGCGCCCGGUGACUUCGUAGACUCCGCCAUUAGCGAAAAGAUGCCUCGACUCAAUGUUCAGACCUUCACACCUGGUGAGAAGCUCGUCACUGUGGUCGUAGUAGACGCAGAUGUACCAGUUCCAGAGAAGGACAGCUUCACCUACCGAUGCCACUUGAUCGCCUCCAACAUCUCCAUCUCGCCUAACAGCACUUCGAUACCACUCCAGCGUAUCGCCCAAGAGGACCAGAAGACCGAGGAUCUCAGUGCCAAGAAGAUCGCACUACCCUGGUUAGCACCCUGGGCCCACAAAGGAGCGCCUUACCACCGCCUAGGUAUCUUUGUAUUCGAGCAGCAUGACAACCAGCCGCUCGACGUCACCAAGAUCAACAAGGCCAAGCGCAUGGGAUUCAACCUUCGUAGCUUUGCCGAUUCGAACAAGUUGAGCGCAAUCACUGCUACGCUGUUCAGGACGAAGUGGGACGAGAGCAUGGAGGGUGUCAUGGGGCGUAAUGGUCUGAAGGAUCAGAUCGCUGUAGAGUUCAAGAGGAAGAGAGUGGAGCCACUGCCCUACAAGAGGCGCACUGAGCGCAUGCGGCCUGGUCCAGACCCGAGGGAACGGGACGAUUCCGAAUGCUACGUUGAUCAGGUCGCCUACUGGAAGGAGCGAUGUCAACAGGCCGAGGACGAAUGCGGCAGGCUUCGGGGUAUCAACAUCAAACUCGAACGAUCAAAUCACCUACUGUCGGGCCUCUCCGGACCUGUCCCCGAUGUUGAUACAAGCAUGCUGAUGGCGCCGACUGCAUCGCCAAAGAGAUCUAAGCCAUCGAUACAAGCACAGAAACAGUGUCUACAACCGGCCGCUGCUGCCCAGGAGACCAUCGAUAAUGAUAUGGACUUCCUGGAUGUGCUCGGUAAAGACGGCUCGAAUCUCACGGAAGCUUUGUAUACUACACACUCGCUAUGCAGGAGUGAAGAGCCGGACGCCGAAACACUGUGCCACAAUCUAGUAAGAGUUGCUUCGAGUAUCGGCAAAGUCAUAUGCAUAGUCGCCCAGAACUACGAACAACUGUCACGUCGAGGGCGGAGGACACUGGAAGCCAUGUCAUUGGACCGAGACAAAUCUGACUUUGCCAUCGCUUUAUCCGUCUGCGCAAGAGCUUUCAUGUCCUUACUUGUUGGUACCAACAAACUCAUGGAGGCAAACGCAGAUGCACGUCUCACAAGUCUGAUCGUUUGCGGGGUGGCAGACAUGUUCAACGCCGGAUUGCAAUCAAUCGAGGCCUCGGCGCGAAGGACAGCGCAAAAUUUCUGGUCGCAACCGCCCUCGCCAAAGAAGACGAAAACCAAGACGCCGCCUUCCACUAUCAAAGAGUCGCCGCCGGCUAGAGCAGUCGCCCACUUGCUGAUCAGUCUCCUUGGAUUCCUUGAGAAAACGGAUCCCGUGCAUCAGAAGAUCUUCGAUGGCUUCGUUUUCGUUUUGUUCGAACGUGUUGGCAAGAGAUUGUAUUACUUUACAUUUGGACAGCACCGCAGCACGUCCAUCGAUGGCAACAUCUUACCGCCAACCGAGCCGAGAGAUGAGACAGAAGAGACAAGGCGAGAUACCGAUGCCCUUGGAACGCGCCUGGAAGUCAAAGCUCUUGUGUUGAUACUUGAACGCGCCAUGGGGCUAGCUCCAAACCAUAUGAACCCCCAGAAUGCUCGUCCAAGCCAGACGUCAAAUCGUCCGGUCCGUACUUUGAGCACCAAAACUCCCGUCACGAGUACCAGGGCGCGCCUAAGUCCGCUUGCAAAAGAUCGCUUGCAACGAACACUCGUUGCAUGUAUGUAUGGAAAUAACACGGACGAUGAGUUUCUGGACGUUCUCACGAAGCCGUUGCCAGCCAUGCGGCUGAGCUCCCUACAAAAUGUGGCUGAAAUUGACGACAAAGAUGUGGAGACUUGGUAUAAAGAGGAGAUUUGGCGACUUGUCGGCUGGGAUGUGCUAGCCAGAGAGGGCGCGUGGUGA